AUGGCGUCGGCCGUGAGCCAGCUCAACGUCGCGGCGUUCUACGGGGCCGACCUCAACCGCCCAUACCGCGUCAUCGACAGCGAAGACGGGAUCCGCCACAGGGCCAACGAACCCGAGCCGGUGACCCGGUCACUGCUGGAAUGGGCUGAGGAGACGCCGUUCAAGAGCGGCGGGCUGGUCGUCAAACCCCGCUGGGUCGGCGACCCGCCACGGCAGGCGAGGAACGCUUUUCGGAUCUUCGAGGAUGAGGAAGGCGCCAGCCUGGUGGCGCCCGGGGACACCAGCUUCAGAGCAGUGGAGCGCGCUGCCCGCGGUGAGCUGAAGAAAAGAUGGAAGAGCCUCGCAGAGAAGGAACGGCGAAAGUUCGAAGAGCUCGCUGAAGGUGACCAGUUGAGGUAUGCAGCUGAACUGAAGGCUUUCGAGCAGAAGAAUCCAGAGUACGCGAUCCUCAGAGAGCGUGCCCAAAAGAACAAGAAGCCGAGGAAGGCGCCGAAACGUGCCAGGCGCAGGAACGCACCAACGAAGCGGCGCUCCGCCACGAUUGACGUUUCUGAGAGUGGGACUUCAAGCUCUGCCAGCGACUGUUCAGACGAAGAGCCAGCUGAAGAACACCCAUCUAAGGACAUGGAAAUGGUGGAGGCGGAAGCCACACCAGAGCUGAUGACAAACAGCAGGAAUGCGUGCGAAUACGAUGGAAACUAUGCAUUCCCAAAAUCUGAUAGGAGGAGAGCGCUGCGACCUCGUAGGUGA